CAUGCGCAGAAGGCCCUUGUCGCCAUGAAAGCUAUUUUCACUUGUUCACCUGUCAGGUAGAUUGGUCUUUGAUCUCGUGUUGGCGACACCUGGGACGGUCGGCAGUCCUCCAUCACAGGGUGACCCCCUUCUUCUCUCAAAAGUCAUCAGUGACGAUGCCUUGAGCGUACGAACUGACCAACUGCAGACUCUCUGGCCAGUGCUGACCAGUCGUGUCUGGAGGUGCGCUGUUUCCACGGCACCGCGUCAGUUCCUGUCAGGAAGAGCCAGGUGAGACGAUGCCAUUGCCAACAAAGUGAUCACCUGUGAGGGAUUCCAGCUUGUCUGUCUUCUUUGUGUACUAGCGACACCUGCAAACAAUGCCUGGCGCUAGGAGGGGGCUAGUUGCACCCCAAAAUACGUUUCUGGAAAACAUUAUACGGCGUUCGAAUGGACAACACAACAGCUUCGUGCUGGCAAAUGCUCGCAUUGUGGACUACCCCAUCGUGUACUGCAACGACGGCUUCUGCAAACUGUCGGGCUACAGCCGAGCCGAGGUGAUGCAGAAGAGCAGCACGUGCUCCUUCAUGCACGGCGAGAUGACAGAUAAAGACGCCAUGGCCAAGAUCGACGACUCCUUCGAGUGCAUGGAACAGACGCAGCUGGAAAUCCUCCUGUACAAGAAAAACAGAACUCCCCUGUGGUUGCUGAUGCACGUCGCGCCGGUGAAAAACGAGAAGGACCAGGUGGUUCUCUACCUGUGCACGUUCAAGGACAUCACUGCUCUCAAACAACCCAUCGACGACGAUGGCGGGAAAGGGCUCAGCAAGUUUGCCAGGCUUGCCAGGUCUGUCACACGUAACCGCUCCACACUGCUGCAGUUUUCCUCCACCAUGCCGACCACAAAUUUUGACACAUCUCGACCAUCGCAACUCGCCCACAUGAUGAACAUAAACGCGGAUGUGCUUCCCCAGUACCGCCUGGAAGCCCCCAAAACUCCCCCGCACAUCAUCCUGCACUACUGCCUCUUCAAGACCGUGUGGGACUGGAUCAUCCUGAUCCUCACCUUCUACACCGCCGUCAUGGUUCCUUACAACGCCGCCUUCAAGAUAAAAAAUGACAAUAUGUCGCUCCUUGUACUCGACAGCAUGGUCGACUUCGUCUUUUUCAUCGACAUCGUCCUCAACUUCCACACAACCUUCGUAGGUCUGAGCGGAGAGGUCAUCUCCGACCCUCACAUCAUCCGCACGAACUACCUCAAGAGCUGGUUCGUCAUCGACAUGCUGUCGUGCCUUCCAUAUGACAUCUUCAACGCUUUCCAAAAUGUAGAUGAUGGCGUUAGUACCCUGUUUAGUACCCUUAAGGUCAUCCGACUGUUGCGGCUGGGACGGGUGGUGCGCAAGCUGGACCAUUACCUGGAAUACGGAGCGGCCAUGCUGGUCCUUCUCAUCCUCAUCUUCAUCCUCUUCGCCCAUUGGUUCGCCUGCAUCUGGUACUCCAUCGGCUACACGGAGCUGGCCAGCGGAGUGACGUACGGGUGGCUGCAGGACCUGUCCAAUCUCACCCGGUUGCCUUUCGUCUUCAACAACACCACGUACUCGGAUGACCUGAACGGCGGGCCCCCCACGGAGAUGCGGUAUCUGACCGCGCUGUACUUCACCCUGUCAUGCAUGACUGGCGUUGGCUUUGGCAACGUGUCGGCCAACACUCAGACAGAGAAACUGUUUUCUGUCUUCAUGAUGAUCAUUGGAGCUCUGCUGUACGCCCUCAUCUUCAGCAACGUCACCACCAUCUUCCAGCAGUUCUACUCCAGCUUCGCCCGCUACCACGACAUGCUCAACAGCGUGCGCGAGUUCAUGAAGCUGCACGACGUCCCCAAGUCUCUCAGCGAGCGAGUCAUGGACUACAUCGUCUCCACCUGGGCCAUCACCAAGGGCAUUGAUGUCGCCAAGGUGUUGAACUAUUGUCCGAAAGACAUGAAAGCGGACCUGUGUGUGCACCUAAACAGAAAGGUCUUCUUGGAGCACCCUGCCUUCCGCCUGGCCAGUGACGGGUGCCUGCGGGCCCUGGCCAUGCACUUCAACAUGACCCACAGUGCUCCCGGGGACCUCAUCUUCCACCAGGGCGAGAGUCUGGACUCCCUAUGCUUCGUCGUCUCCGGAUCCUUAGAAGUCAUUCAAGAUGAAGAAGUCGUCGCCAUACUGAGUAGGGGUGAUGUCUUCGGAGACCAUUUCUGGCGCGAGCCGGCCAUUGGUCAGUCGACGGCCAACGUGCGUGCUCUGACCUACUGUGAUCUGCAUUCGAUUAAGAGAGAUCGAUUGCUCGAAGUCCUCGACUUCUACCACGCCUUCGCCAACUCCUUUGCACGUAACCUCACCCUGACCUACAACCUGAGACACAGGUUGAUCUUCCGCAAGGUCUCCGACGUCAAGAAGGAGAAGGAGCUGGCGGAGAAGAGGAAGAACGACCCUCCAUUGGAUCUGGCUAAUGACCACCCAGUUCGAAAACUCAUCUCAAGAUUCAGAAAAAUUAGCGACACCAGGGCCCAGGUGGGGCCUGACGUGGAGCGAGGGGGCAACGCCCUCCCGGGAGGAGACGCCUCCAGCCUCGGAAUAGUAUCUGAACAGCCCCAGAGUGCAACGCGGUUGAUCAACGUGUCUGAACAGGGCAAGGUAAAGGUCGGCAGCGCGGCUCCGAAGCUGGGGUCCGGCAAGUCCAAGUGGACCAAGUUCCUUGGCGGCGGCAACGUGGGCGACAGCUCCACUGAUCCGGAGGGAGCAGACGACAACCAGAACAAGAUCCCCCUCAACGACCUCUCGGGUAAGAUCGUCUUCGAGAACAGAUCCAGCGAGGUCGGCAAGCCGACGCCAUCACCACCGCUGCCACUGCCGACUCCCCAGGUAUCACAGACGAAGCCCGCAUCCCGAUGGGGCCGCAUGAUGGCCAAGUCGCAAGAGACGAUCAAAGAAUCACCGGAGGAAGAGGUGGUCAAGAACAACCUGACGAAGACAGACUCCACGGACAGCGGUAUCCUGCGCAGCAACAACCGCCUGGACCAGAUUGGAGAGGACGGACCAGACGUGGCGCCCUCUAGCAGGGACCACGUGAGCUCGCUGGGCGGGGCUCUGACGGCUGCUGAGCAACACAUGCUAACAUCGUUGUACGACAUCCGGCUGGAGAUCAAAGAGGAGAUGGAGAACCUGGGCCAGAAGAUGACACGUAUCGAGGAGCAGAUCUCGGAUAUUCUACGCUUCUUCUCCCCAUCCUGUACCCCGUCUUCCUCAUCGUCCGCGUCCACGUACCCGAGUUCAAAGUUUAACUCUCCUCAGAACGCUACCACAACCAACAACAGCGCCGACCACUCUCCGCGGAAGGUGCGGCGGGUUUCCUCCCCACCUCUGCGACGCGCCAAUCGCAGCAAAAGCACGCCGAUGACAUCAGAAAAGACGUCACGCGAUAGCACGCCUCCUGGUGGUGGAGGAGGAGGAGGAGGAAGAGGAGGAAGUCAGAGUCACCGUACGAGUAGCCCAGACAGCCAGGAGUCCAAGAAGGAGGAGGUCAUCACCUCGUCCCCGUCGGCAGGCAGCGCCAACAGCAGCAGCGACGACCUCAGCCGGAAGUCGUCCUCCGGCAGUAGCCAGGACAAGGAUGCUGCGCAUGCGCAUCGGCGCGGCCGCCGUUCCCCUGACCUGCCUGUCAGUGCGCGGGUCUUCGUUCCUCCGGACUCCGCGUUUCCUCUGGUGAAAGACGAGGAGAACAUUCCCUUCAAAGACAGAGACUUGGAUAUCUUAUGAGGCUGGAACUAGUCCUGACCAACCAGACCGGUGCAUUUUGUGAUAAUUAUUUUUAAGCCCUCCACGUGCCCGCUAUCAGUAAUUAAUCGACAAAUUUGUGUGCGAUAAAUGGCUUGUGUGCCGGUGGGUGACUACGUCCACACCUGCAACACGUAGAGAUAACUGCGGCAGUUCUAGCCACGCGUUUUUUGUUUGUUUGUUUGUUUUCGUUUUUUUUUUUUUUUUUUUUUUUAACGUCUGCUUUGAUGACUGAUUGGUGAGAGUCGAAGUCGACGCCACCCUGAUGUCCUUAGUCUGAUAAAAUAAUUAUGACAGCUCGGAACAAAUAUUCUUUGCAGGGGGUUUUUUCCCUUUGUUUUGAGAAGGCAGCUUGGCUUUUGAAAAGUCACUUCCAGGAAGACACCGUGAAACUGUUUGGUUUUGUGCACGUGUCUUUUUCGUGGAUCUCCUUCCCACCGGAAGACGAAAUCAUCGCCAACGUCACUGGUAAGGGAGAGAACUAUGUGUUUGCAGAGUGGCUUGCUCCUUGCUGCUGUUACAUCAACCGUCAGUGCUGUGUCCAUGAUAUAUGUAUAAAAACAGGGGCUGCCAACUUGUCACAUCGUUACUGACCGUUUCUGAUAAUCACUUUUAUGUUAAUAGUAAUGCAGUUCACGCACGCACACACACACAGACACGUAAACUAAUUAAUGUAAAUAUAUUUCCCAAUAUCGGGUUUGCUUUCCCGUUUUCGCAUCUGCUUCCCUCCAACCUUUGUCACCUGCGCUAAAAAAAAUGUCAGCCUCUAGAACAAUUGUAAUUUAUUAUUUUCUUUUCUCAUCAUAUUUCACGAAUCACUUUAUUUCUCUCACAAGUAAUACUUGAUCCACGGAGUAUUUUCCACCUACACUGAAGUCAGUGAUUUAGAAGUUGAUGUCACACUCAGACUCGCCGGCAACUUCCAACUCAAUGUGACUGGAUUACAUUGUUGUUGUUGUUGCUGCUGUUGUUAAUCCGAUUUGUUAGCUACGUGUGCGUCUUUUGCAAGGUGAUUGAAAGGGACGAGGUGAUUGCAAGAUUACUGUAAUGUCGCACAUUUCCAGACUAGGUGCCUAGUGAACUAGUGAUACUACCUGCUGUAUUUCUCACUAUCCGACCCCAAAAUGCCGGUCAGAAAUGGCGGAAACAAGUGUCCAGGACACCUUCCUUUUGUUAUCAUUGUCCACGUCUUCCCAUCAACUGCCUGCGUUCACGUUCACGUCUGUCGUUCACAUCUUUCCAACUUUCUCGACAACUUCGUCUUGUAGUUAUAAGGGCAAGAAAGUGAUAUAAAACAAAGAGCUAAACUAGUUUUGAAUAUGUUAACAGCAACAAUGGAUUCACAUCAUGUGACACCCAUGGCUGCUUGUGUUCAAACUCUGGUGUGAGCACGCGUCGUGUUCAAACGCAUCUGGUUAGAAUAAUUAACAAAAUAAAUAAUUUAAUAAGCUGAGGAAGACAUUUUUCUACGAUUUGUGUGUUGAGAUUUGCCACAGUGAAAACAGUUUAUAUUGUGCUGAAACGGGAUGAGUUCAAAUCUGUUAGAUUAAAGCAAUAAAAGCCAUUUUUAUUCCCCUACCCCAGCAUCCAUUCCUCGCGGAUUUGCCCAAAUGGUCUUAGGUUCCUGUCUGCCACCGUUUAACAUGAAAACAAGUUCCAUGUCUUAGACUCCCAACUAUGGCAGCUUAGCGGGCUAAAAUGCUUAUAGUGAGUGAGCAUGGAGUUUCAAGUGGUAAAAAAAAAACAAAAACAAAAACAAAAACAGUAGCAACGGUAGCAACAACAACAGCAACAGCGAGUUGCAACUAGUUAUCACCCCUUGUUGAUCGCUGCCUUAUCAUUCGUCCUUCUUCCCUUCCUGCUUAACUCCCUUUCGGUGUCCGUAUGUGUGUGUUUUGACAUCAACAGUCUCAUUAUCUCACCACCAUAUGUCCAUCACAAAUGCUGGGUGGAUGGCGACAUAAAAAGGGUAUAUGAGUCAUAGCUAGGAAAAUCUUGGCAGAAACCAGUCUUUUACAAUGUGCUUUUAGAGAAGGAUUUGAUGAGGUAAAGAAUGGCGAGAUAAUGGGGGGCGAGAUAAGGAGUCCAGACGUAGGUCAUUACUUGGGUUCUCAUUUUUGAUCAAACAUACUUCUGAAAAAUAAAGCCUUCAGGUACACCAACGGUAAAGUUUCCCCGUUAUCACCCAUGUUGCAUCCUUGGGUAGCAGGCACCCCGCUGUCAUCUGAAUGAUGAACUGGAAGGUUGUGAACAUAUUAAAGCUACGCUCUACUUCAACGUAACAUUUUGCUGAGCUUUUUCUAUGCUUUUUGUACAUUUAUGUUUAUUUAUUUAUUAUUAUUUAUUAUAUUUAUCAUCUCUCUUUUGAACAGUGAAUGAGGAUCAACCAAAUUUUUAUUAUCUGUUUGUUUGGUUCUGUCCAUCCUUGUUUCCACACACUGCAUAGUCAAAGACUGAUCCACAAGGACCAGUUUCAGACAAGUAAGUGUCGUACAACGACACAGAGAUAAACACGUCCCUGGGAUAUACUGUGGCACUCGAGAACAUGAUCUCGGCUCAAAUAAAUAAAUAUCAUUCCUAUGUCUUCUCGGUAGGGUGGGAUGGGGGUUGCAGAUUGUUCUUCAAGCUGUGUUUUUGCUCCAUCGGUCAUUUAUGAUCGACUACUGUUUGUGCACAUCUUCGAGGUAAGCAAAAGAAAAUCUGGUUGGUAAGCACCAAAGAAUGGUCAGACUGCCCUAUGGGGGAACCUACUCGAAGAAGUUCAAGAUCAGCCUCGAUGGCUGUCUUUUGCUGCUGCAGGGUCUCAUUGCGUCACCCCCACCCCUCACUCGCACCCCCCGCCACCAUGGACAGGCCGGCCGGCCGGUACCAGCGAUGAUGAUGAUGAUGAUGUAGAUGAAUGUUUGCGCGUGCGGAAGCAUGACUAGCGUGACCUUACCGAUUACCAUCCUCGAUUGUGGUGAAGUGAAUUUCCAUUAGUUCGACCCUAAUUUUUUUCCCUUCACAAUUUUGCUCAUUUGCUGAAUCACCCUGACGACUCGCGUCAGUGAGCACAUUUGCAUAUCCGUGACACUGCAAUGCCGUUGGAUGAGUUGUGCGUGACUACAUUUCGUGAGAGCGCAUGCGAGGCCGUUCGUACCCAGGCAAUGUACAGAAAGGCCAAACCUCCCGAGCGCUCAGAAAUUCGCUGUAUGGGACUUGGCACGUUGACUAAAAUUCCAAUGUUCUUAUUGUUCACACCAAAACCAUUAGGCAUUUUUUUUACCUUCAUAGUUCACACAUACCUUUACAGACUUCGAUGACAUUUGCACGGAAAAGAGGAUUCUUUAGUCUACUUCAAGAAUACGUAACCGAAGAGAGGAACGGUUCUGCCACAGGUAGGAUUAGCUGUCCUGGGUUCAGAUCUCGACUCGGGCUCACUGUUCUUUCUCUGGAUGUGGCAUCUGUUUACAUGGCUGUGAUAUAACCUUAGUUGUUGGCUGGGCGUAAAGCUUCUAAACCACACCUCACCCUCAUUCCCCCUUAGGAAGUGAGUGACUGAAGAAGGGUAAAAGAGGUAUUGUAGGUCAGAAAAUUAAUUAAAACUUAUUAAUCAACUGAAGUUUCCAUGUUUUCCAAACUGUUGAGGACAAGGUCAAAAAAUCAGAUCUGAAAGUUGAUAUCACACUCUUUAGGAAUAAAAAACUACAAAUUAAUCCAAUGGCAGACGAACGUCUUUGUUUCGGCUCGGUUUAUUAGUCUCACGAGAAAACUGGAAAUCAAUCAGCUACUAGAAAGAAUCUGAAACAUUUCGGUGCUCAGUACAAAGAGUUCUUGCAUCUUUGUCAUCUUGAAUAAAGCAGACACAUUAUAUGUUUUAAUCUCAUAUUCUACUGGCUUAUUUUAUUCUUAAUCACAUGUUGUUUCAAAUAUUUGGGAUGUUAGCAGGAGGAACAUCUUUAUAUAAUUCUUGAGCACGUUCACAUAUUAUAACAUCUACAUCUUCUGACAUAUCUGUAUCAUAUAUGAACAACCAGGACUAUUGGUCAUGCCUCGAAUACUGAACAUGAGAAAAUGGAGAUUGUGUAAAGAGAACACUGACAAUAUUCAAGAUCAUGCGCUGCAUAAAAUUAUUCUGCCAAGUAGGUUGGGGUUUUUUUUCUUCAUGGUGCCAUCUGUUUGCUGACACUUGUUUUUAUUGUAUGUCUGACUGUAGGUUCCUUUGUAAUUUUUCGUGUACAGCAUAUUGAAAUCGCAUCCACACGGGCAAAUGUGCUUUACAAAUUGAAUUAUUAUAAAGGUAAAAAUAUUAAAGACUAAUGGAUACUGUUUAGUGGGGGGAACCCCAGUACGACAUGUUAAUAAGACUACUGAAACUCUGCGUGUGUGUACGUGUGUGUGUGUGAGAGAGAGAGAGAGAGAGAAAUAAAUCGUUUUUACAAUGUUUAUCAUAAUAUUGUAUAGUAAAUAAAAUAAAAGAAGUGUCGAGAAACAUUAUUCUGGCAGUGUAGACAAAUUGUUGUCAAGCACAUUUUAAAAAAUGCUACCUGGUUUUGUUGUUGCUUUUUUUUUUUUUUUUUUAGGAGAAGCAAGACUGGAAUGUAAGAGCAUAAGAAUUAAUGUUGGCAGACCAUGACAGUGAGCGAGUACGAUCUUAGCUCUGUUGUACUUCCAUUCUAUGUGUGCAAAGCCAGUUAUUAUCUCAGACAAAGAAUACAACACAAAUGAGACGAUGAAGUAGGACACUCGGUCAUGCCUCAAAAAAUCUUUGAAAGCACCUUUUAUAUUUGCCUGAUCAAUCGUUUUCUUUUCCGCUGUGUGUCUGUGUUUCUAUGGCCAACAUCACGAUGCUGACCGAUGUUAUACACUUUCACUAAUAAAAUCUAGGGUGACACCUACAGAAUCAUCACAGACGUGUACGAACUAGUCCGAGGAACCACUUACCUAAGGUUUCAGAUCAGUGUACAAGUUUUUUUUUUUUAGAAUCACGGAAAAACAAUUUCUUUGGGUCGAAGCAGGAAGUAAUCUCUGAAAGAAAACAUGCUGAUUGUAAUAAGAGAGGAAAACAGAAAAGGGUUACACGUUUCUUCAAUUUCCAGCUGGUCUGCCGCAAAAUGAGAAAUCUUUCAUCCGUGUCUAGUUACUGUUUUAAUUGGUUUGUUCAUUCGAUUAGGUUUCAGUUGAAUCAAGUGCAGUAGAAAAUAAUAUAUUAAUAUCUAUAGAGGAUGUUUUAAGUUCGCACACGAAGUGACUCACGUGACUAGUUGUACUUUGCAUGCAUGGUUCUUUCAUGUUUUUUAACAUCCAUUGUAAAUAUUAUGGUUUAGGAAAGUGAGCUAGCUACUACGUGCUUAACGAAGUCUUGUGGAAAGGAAACUGGAUGAGACUGUCAAACAAACGUGAAGUGGACCUGCUUGCUGGUCUGUGCAUGUUCUCCUCCCAUCCCCACGACUGGCAUCGGCAGACCGGCAUGACUGGAACCAGUCAAGGGACGAAUGAACAAAAUUGGAUCCAGGCUUGUGUUACUCCAAGCAUGAGAAUGGAUUUUUUAUACUUGUCACUUUUAUCACAGCAUGUGAUGCUUCGCGUGGCUGCGUUGCAGGUGAGCACCUCUCCCAACAAGUCUACAAUAGAUUGGUGCUUUAAGUGUGUCUGACAUUGAUGCCCAUCGCCAAAGACCCAAAUAGGAACGCAUUAAAUAUUUCUUCACUAUAUUAUAUGACAACAAAACGCUUAUCAAGAACAAUAUGGUCGGCAAAUGACGAUGCGCUGGGUAAAAACCAUGUGUGUGUGAUCAUAAGUUAUCACCCACGAAGGAUGCAUGUUUAUUGGAUAAAGAGGGGCAGGUCAAGAGGUGACGAGAAAAUGACAUGUGGUUAGUUCUUUGGUUGCUGCCAUCAUAUACGAGUUGUUUUGAACUCGCGUUAUCUUCUGAUGCCGGCCUGUAUUCGAGUCGCUGGGAAACACUUUAAGAAUGGUUUACAUCCCAGACACGAUUGCACUCGCUCACCUUACGAUUCCACUGGUUUGGGUAAGCUGAUGGUGACAGAGUUAAAUGGCAUUUCAGUUUGAUAUUUCAAAAUUAAACAAAUAUUAUUACUCAAAAUGGUUCUCUAUUCACGUGCCUCCUUUAUUCAAAAGUGCACACGGAGGAUAAUUUACUUCCUUUCUAGACACUUUAUAUUCAAACAUUUCACUUUUCUGCAACCUGCACAUACAAACCUCAUCCUUCUCUUCAACUAUGGCAAACUACAUCUGGGAUGAAGAGGAGAUUGGGGGGGGGGGCAAUAAACGGUUGUUUGCUCCAUGUGACAGCAGGUGAAUACAUGUUUAACUCACAACGCACUCACUACUACUCCCCUGCUCUAUACUAAUUCAUUUUGAAAGGAGGAAGAGGAUUAUAAACAAUACGCUGAAAGAGGGAGUUGGGAUGGGUGGGGGAUCUUUUAAAUUAGGAACACACCUUUGGAAUUCAAAGGUACGACUGUCCAAAAGGAACACUAAUAUUUCAGGAGUGAAGCAGCCUGCCUGGCGGAAGCUGCGAAGGCAAGAACAAAGUCAAUCGCAGGCUC